AUGGAAACUCUCCCCAGUGCCCUAAAUGCAGAUGAGAAGUCUCCAGAGUUUAAGGAUUUAUUGCCCAGUCAGACAGCCAGCUCUCUCUGCAUUAGCUCCCGGAGUGAAUCAGUUUGGACAGCUGGAAGCAAGAAUAAUUGGGAAAUUUUUCGCAAGCCCAUCAUCAUCAUGUCUACGGGUGGGGCUAUCUUCCUCUUCGGUAUAGUCAUCACUUCUUUGACAUAUACUCUGAAUUUACCUUCAAACUCAAGUGUUCUUUUGACUUAUCAGAUGAGUGGGCCAGCCUUCCUUUCCCUGGGACUCAUGCUUAUGGUGUGUGGACUGGUAUGGGUACCCAUAAUUAAAAAAAAACUGAAGCAACGACAAAAGUCAGUUUUCUUUCAAAGCCUCAAGUCCUUUUUCUUGAAUCGCUGAUGGUAAUUUCACCUUCAUCUUGAUAGAGGGAAUGUAGUCUAAUGCCAAUAUCAAUGCCUCCAUCUGCAUGGUGAAAUGGUUAAAGAAAACAAAUCCAGUAAAAGUCUGUUCUCACUUUUUGGAGAAGAAAGGAUCUUCAUUUCUUCAUAGGACUCUGAAUUUGUUACCAUACAGAUCUAGAAACUAAGCUUUGCUGGAUUAUGCCCAAGUAUCAUCUAUUUAAUAUUUCUAUUACCAUUGAUGCUCAAAACAUCUCCUCUCAGCAAGCACCAUCCCUUAUCACCUUUACCCAUUACCUUUUUUGUGUGCUUCAUCUCAAUAAUCUUCUCCUUCAUGAGCUAAAUACCUGGGCAAACUGAACUCCAAAGAGAAGCUUUUUUCAUAUACCUAAUUGUCAGAGUGGGAUAGACAGAGUCCCCGUACCAGCCUUUGAACUUCAACUUCCAGAUAGAGAAGACUGGACAACACAUCUUUCAGACUUGGGGUUUGACAUCUAACCCCACUCCCCUUGAAGAACUGAGAGUUACUUCCAGUAGAUCAGAUGGUCUUCUUACUAAAGACACCUUUAAAUAUUCCAAAUAUUAAAAGGGAGGAUGUAUAAACAUAUAGGUAAAUUCAUAAGAUAAAUAGGUCACUGCAUAAGAAUGCAAUUUAAAUAGAUGAAGUAUCCACAAGUCUUUCAGUAUUUGUGCUGGGAUCACCAUUCUUUCUUGACAGCCUGUCUUUUUUUUCCCCUCUCUCUCCUUUCUGCAUUCAAUGAGUAAUUAUUGUGUGAUACUAACAACAAAUAUAUAAUACCCUAAAUCUCCAAACUUUUCUAGGAAAAGAAUCAUAUCCCAGUCCUGAGCUGGGCUUCUUUGAUAUCAGUUUUGUUUGCCCUCUGUGAGUCAAAAUUAAAAGCCAAAAAGAUAAAGUGCCAUACAAAAAGAAUCUGAAAGAAUCUUUCAAAGCAGUAAUGCACUUCCUAAAAUUUUAUCAAUAGUUACAUCUCUCUGAGAUGAAAAUUUCUCAACCAAAAGGAACCUGGAAACUAUUUGUGGCAGCAUGUACAUUUUUCUUGUCUCACCCAUUCCAUAUUCUUCCUCCAAAAAUGUCUUACUAUCCUUUCUCCACAGGGUCUUUAAUUAUAUGUUUGCUUGCCAUGAUUAGUUCUCCAAGUGCCUUAUAACUGCUUCCUGGAGACUCAGGAUGAGGACUCCCAGAAUGCUGAUAAAGGAACUAGAGACUUGUUUCUUCAAAUUCUUUAAAGAGGUUUGGGGAUAAUAUGUAAUAAUUCUAGGCAUACCUUCCAUCCUCCUCAACAUAGAGCCAUAGGAAAGGAUCACCCCCCAAGUGUUUGGACUUCUCUUUUG